UAUGUAAAUGGCUCUUGCAUACGUAUGGCUUUGCCCCGUUCUCUUAGCGCUAUACAGCAUUCUAUGUUUAUUGCUUUGUUUUUCGAUAUCUGCGUACCAUCACAAUUUGCCCUUGGGUCUACCUUUCAUAAGCGAAAUAGCCACGACUCCUCCUGCAAGUGCUCUCUACCGUAUGAUGAUGAAUCAUAUAGCACUUUUAGCAGCUCUGUGGAUGUAUUUGAAACACCGAGAAUUCGUGUCAUAUUUCAAUUUGACAAAAAAGCAUGCGUGGUAUCGUCGAACUAGUCUGCUUCAUCUUUGCAUUGGUUUAUUGGCGAGUUGCUGCCUUCAGAUCUCCGUAAAUUUUCCGACGCACCGACUCAUGACAAUUUGUUCAAAUGCUGGAGUAAUGGCACUACUGACUCUUUAUGUUUGGAUGCAUACUAUAUUCUCUUCGAUAGUGAUAGACGCAAAUCUAGCUCGAGUCAGGCUGCUUCUGGUACGAUCUUGGUUAGCAGCUGCCGUCUCAUCUUGUUUUGGAAGUAUGAUCAAAGUUGAGUUCAACCAUGCAGCUACUUCAUACUUGAGCACUCCGUUACCAUUCCAAGAAAUAAGCUCGGAAGCAGCCUAUGAAUGGGGAGCCUACUUUUCAAUGUGUUUGUUUCUGCUCACUGACGCAUACGAGUUUCGGAAUCUCGUCUAUCGUGCUCCAAAGCUGGUCAUACCAGGAUCACCCAUGUACGAUGCUCAUCGAGCUGCGCAUGGAGGACAUGACAGGAUAUCAUUGAGCGAUGAACUAGACACAAGUUCGUUUGCACCAUUGAUAAGAUAA